AUGCGUCUUGCUGGUGUAAUUGCUGCACUAAAGGCAUUAGAGGCAGAGAUGCAAUUUAAUAGUGCUAAACUUAUUACUGAUGAGGCAGCAGACCCUAAAUUAAUUGAUUGUUAUCAAUAUGAUGAACAACCUCUCAGAAAUCUACUCGAGGAGCAACAAAGAUUAAUAGAGGAGCAACAAAAACGUGAAUUAGAAUUAGAAAUGGAGAGAGAGGCAAUAUUUGAGGCCCAAAGAAGAGAAGAAGAAGAAAAACAAUUAAAAUUAGAGAUGGAGAAAAAAGCACAAGAAGAGGCAGAAAGAAAGGCAAAAGAAGAACAAGAACUUAUACAACGCCGUCGUGAGGAGCGCCGUCGUCGUCGUGCAGAGUUGGGCAGCAGCGGUAGCAGCAGCAGCAGCGGAAUGAGCAGCAGCAACAGUCGUAGCAGCAGUUUUGGUUCGGGUGGUGAGGAGAAUAGUGCUGCUGCUGCUGCUGCAGCAGCAGCAGCAGCAGCAGCAGCAGAAAAACAUAGAGCUAGUGUAUCCCCUGUUGCUGAGGGAUUUAAAUGUCUAAUAGAGAGGGAGAUACAAAGAAGUCGUCGCUCCUCUGCUGUGCAUAGAGGAGGAAUAGAUGAUGAGGAUAUAGGUGUAGAUGCUGCUGCUGCUGCUGCUGCUGCUGCUGCUGCUGCUAAUGGAUGUAGUACUAGUCUACAGCAGCAGCAGCAGCAGCUCUCCUCCCUACCUAGCGACGUACUCACCUCCUUCGAGCCACAGAUACAGGCACCAGGGGCCCUAGGGUGCGACGCAGACCUGCAGGCCUUUGCUACCCUUCUUGCUAGUAAAUUAAUGAAUGUUAAUGCUGCUGCUGCUGCUGCUGCUGCAGCAGCAGCAGAAGGGAAAGAAGAUGAUACUAAUCGACAAACUCCUAGAUCACCUAAUCAACAACAGCAACUGCAGCAGGAAGUGCAGCAGCAAGUGCAGCAGCAAGUGCAGCAACAGGUGCAGCAGCAACAGCAAGGGGAACAGCAACCAGUGCAACAGCAACAGCAAGGAGACCAGCAGCAAGUGCAACAGCAACACCAAGUGGAUCAACAGCAAGUGCAGCAGCAACACCAGCAGGAGCAGCAGCAACAGCAAACACAAACACAGCAGCAGAAAGUCAUAUUGCCUCAACUGCCGCUGCACCAAUUGCAGACACAGCAACAGCAACAGCAGCCACAGCAGCAGCAGCAGCAAAUGCAGCAGCAAGUGCAACAACAGCAAAUGCAGCAGCAACCACAGGUGCAGCAGCAACCACAGGUGCAGCAGCAACCACAGGUGCAGCAACAGACACAAGUGCAGCAGUCCCCAAUGCAGCAGCAGCAGCAGCAGCAGCAGCAGCAGCAAAUGCAGCAACAACCGAAUGAGCAGGCACCCAGUCUACCUGCAGGAGGUCUCCAAAUGCUGCAGCUUCCCCAACUGCAGCAGCAGCAAGUGCAGCAGCAGCAGCAGCAAAUGCAGCAAACGCAGCAACAAGUUACAAUGCAACCGGUUCAACAAGCAGCAACAGUGCAGCAGCAACAACCUAAUGCUGCUGCUCUUGUAAGCCAACAGCAGCAGCAGCAGCAGAAUGAUCAGGCAGCUGCAGCAGCUGCAGCAGCAGCAGCAGCACAAGCAGCAGCAACUCAGCAAGUAGCACCUCCACCAGCCGCUGCUGCUGCUACACCAUUAUCACCAACACCAGCAACAGCAACAGCAGCAACAGCAGCAGCAGCAGCAGCAGCAGCACCUCCAUCCCAACCCCAAGAAGCAUUACCCUCACAACAACCAGCAGUAGCAGCAGAACGAACAGGAGGAGGAGGAGGCGAAACAGCAGGAGGAGCAGCAGGAGCAGCAGGAUCAGGAGGAGGAGCAACAGGAGGAGAAGAAGAAGAAGAAGGAGGAGAAGGAGGAGGAGGAGGAGGAGGAGGAGGAGGAGUAGAGCUAGAAUUCGAUGAGUAUGGAUUCGUAUAUGAUGAGCAUGGGUAUGCAUAUGAUAGCCAAGGUGUAUGUCGUGGAUACUUCGGGGAGGAUGGAACUUUCUUCUACUUUGAGACAGAUGCAGCAACAGCAGCAGCAGCAGCAGCAGCAGCAACUGAUGCAGCAGCAGCAGCAACAACAACUGAUGCAGCAGCAGCAACUACAACUACAACACAACAACAACAGGUACAAUUAGAACAAGGACAGAUACAACAACAACAACAACAGCAACAACAAGAUCAACAACAACAACAACAACAGCAACCACCGCAGCAGUAG